AUGGCAAAUUCAAGUAAUAUUGACCUUAUUAACGCUGCUUUCUCGGCCGUAAUGGGAACCCACAAGUUCAUAUCUGGAAAAGAAUUUCAAGAUAGACAAGCCCGUGGUGAAGCUAAUGACGCAAUAUAUAAUCAGGUUGACUUGAACUCGUUUCAUCAAGUCAAUCUUGUUGGCAAUGAUCCAAAUAUUGUCAGUAACUUGGAUACUGAUUUUAACCGUCGGUGCACAUUUGAUCAAUCUGGUUCUUAUCUAGGACAAAUUUUUGUUAAGACGCUCACUGGUAGAACCAUAACACUAGAAUGUAAAAGAAAUGAAGCCAUUGAAUCUAUUAAGUUGAAAAUUUAUGGUAAGAAUGGCACUCCACCGGAUCAGCAAAAAUUAAUUUUUGCUGGGAAGCAAUUGGAGGAUAACAAAACGCUUUCCGACUACAAUAUUCAAAAAGAAAGUACAGUGCACCUGGUUUUACGUUUGCGUGGAGGUGGAGUUAUAAUUAGUUACUUAAGUAUGAGUGUUUUAAACCCGCGUUACGACUACGAUUUUACAAAUAUUAAUGAUAUGGGUGUGACAUUUAUGCGGGGAGAUAUACUAUAUAAAAGACCAUGUGGAUGGAAACGCAUUGCUUUAAAGGUUAAUGGAAAGUAUGAUAACGGUAAUGAUAAAUGGCUUG